AUGAGUGUAGAGGAUGGGGGUAUGCAGGGCCUGGGCCGUCCUAGGCAGGCCCGCUGGACCUUGAUGCUACUCCUAUCCACUGCUAUGUAUGGUGCCCAUGCCCCAUUGCUGGCGCUGUGCCAUGUGAAUGGCCGUGUGCCCUUCCGGCCCUCCUCAGCCGUGCUGCUGACUGAACUGACCAAACUACUGUUAUGCGCCUUCUCCUUUCUGGUGGGCUGGCAAGCAUGGCCUGAGGGGGCCCCACCCUGGCGCCAGGCUGCUCCCUUCGCACUAUCAGCCCUGCUCUAUGGCGCUAACAACAACCUGGUGAUCUAUCUUCAGCGUUACAUGGACCCCAGCACCUACCAGGUGCUGAGCAAUCUCAAGAUUGGAAGCACAGCCCUGCUCUACUGCUUCUGCCUCCGGCAUCGCCUCUCUGUGCGUCAGGGGUUAGCGUUGCUGCUGCUGAUGACUGCGGGAGCCUGCUAUGCAGCAGGGGGCCUUCAAGUUCCUGGGAACACCUUUCCCAGUCCCCCUCCAGCAGCUGCUGCCAGCCCCAUGCCCCUGCAUAUCACUCCACUGGGCCUGCUGCUUCUCAUCCUGUACUGCCUCAUCUCAGGCUUGUCUUCAGUGUACACAGAGCUGCUCAUGAAGCGACAGCGGCUGCCCCUGGCACUUCAGAACCUCUUCCUCUACACUUUUGGUGUGCUCCUGAAUCUAGGUCUGCAUGCUGGCAGCAGCCCCGGCCCAGGCCUCCUGGAAGGUUUCUCAGGAUGGGCAGCACUCGUAGUGCUGAGCCAGGCGUUAAAUGGACUGCUCAUGUCCGCUGUCAUGAAGCACGGCAGCAGCAUCACGCGCCUCUUUGUAGUGUCCUGCUCACUGGUGGUCAACGCCGUGCUCUCAGCAGUCCUGCUGCGGCUGCAGCUCACAGCCACCUUCUUCCUGGCCACAUUGCUCAUUGGCCUGGCCAUGCACCUGUACUAUGGCAGCCGCUAGUCCCUGACUACUUCCACCCUGACUCUGGACCCUGUAUAUUGGGUGCCACCACCAGACCCCCCUCCCAGGUGACCUUCUCCCUCCCCUCAGCAGCCCUGUAACAAGUGCCUUUUGGGAAAAGCUGGAGAAGUGAGAGCAGCCAGGUUAUUCUCUGGAGAUAGGUUAAUGUAAAGAUACCCCAGGAGACGCGAAGAGUGGGUUUGGUUAAGGAAAUGCUUACCAUUCCCCAUCCCCAACCAAGUUCUUCCAGACUAAAGAAUAAAGAUAACAUCAAUACCUAGGCCUGAGAAAUGACCCCAUCCCUGUUGGGCAGCUCACUGCCUCGUCCUGCAUGAACACGGUUGAUGAAGACGGGGUAUGGGCAACAUGUGGCUUUCCUUGCCUACUUUGGUCACCCCAGUAGAGCCACUGGAGCUGGCUACUCCAGCCUAGCCUUGGUGCAUGACUCUUCCAUAAAGGAUACUCAACCUCCCACUUUCAUGCAGGAAGGCCCAGUUGCCACAGAUUAUACAAGCAUUACCCCAGCCAUUCUGACAAUCUUCCCCCAGUUACAGCAAUGCCUAGAGACAUGCCUCCUGCCCUCUCCACAGUGCUGCUCCCCACACCUAGCCUUUGUUCUGGAAACUCCAGAGAGGGCUGGGCUUGAUUCAUCUCAGGGAAUGUAGCCCCUGGGCCCUUGCUUAAGCCUACACUCCUGACCUCUCUGCUCACCCUGAGGGCCGCCUUGAAUCCCGCUACCCACUCUGAGGCUCCUGGGAGGCAUCAUGCUUCCCACUCGGGGGCUUGCCCCUGCCUAGCAGUCUCCCAGCUCCCAACAGCCUGGGGAAGCUCUGCACAGAGUGACCUGGGACAGGGUACAGGAAACCUGUAGCUCAAUCAGUGUGUCUUUAACUGCACAAGCAAUAAGGUCUUAAUAAAGUGUUCUAGGCUGUAGGGUGCUUCCUACAACCACAGCCA